AUGCUUGAUAUCGAAUUUAACGAUUAAAUGUGGGAAGCUAAUACUGCCCUAACAGAGUAUUUGCAAGAACACCAAUUCCCAGGGGAAAAGGAAGUGUUUCUAUUUUUUUCACAUUCUCUUUAUGCUCUACCCGCAAUAGCCCUUAUAGCGUAUUUGUUCUUUGAUAAUAAAAUGGGUGCUUUGUUGUAUGUUUGCCUGAUAUAAACAAUAUUUGCUGAGAAUCAAAUUCUUAAAAAUAUAUAUCGCCAAGCACGUCCAUACUUUAUUGAAAGUGCAAUUCAACCCUAUGAGUGCAACAAAGAAUUUGGUAAACCCUCUGGUCAUGCAAUGUCAUCAUCAGCUAUGUGUUUUCUUGUACCUUUAAUAAUAUUCCCUGCCAUUCUAAGUGAUAAACUUAAGUAAUUUAAUGUUAUGAAAUAGCCACAAGUAUCUAAGGGUAAUUGUAAUUGCUAUAGUAACCAUUUGGACUUUCAUGACAGGAUUUUCAAGAGUCUUUAUGGGUGUUCAUUCAUUCGGUUAAAUCCUACUUGGUUGGGUCUAUUCUGCCUAUUCAAUUUUAAUUUAUAUGCGUUAUUUUCAUAAUCCGAUUACUCAUUACAUUAAAUAAUGCUUACAACCAGGAUCCUAAGGAGUACCAGGUAAUGUUGUAUAAGCAGUUGGAUUAUUUGCACUUGUUUGGACUGGCUUAUCGAUUUUACUCUUUGAAUUCAAUAACAAAGUAUUACGAGAAGAAGACGAAGUGGAUGAUUGGUUGGAUGCUUUGUAUUAGAAAUGUGCAGACCAAAAAACACAUUACAAAUUCAACAGUCCAUAAGUGUUACAUAAUAUUAGUUUCAGUCUAAGCUUGUAUAUUUGGCUACCAUUCAGUUUCAUCCUAGGUGUUAAAUUAAGCAAAGGCAUAUACAAUGAAAAUCAGUUCAGUGUCUACUACAAGUUACUUACUUUUUGGUAAAAAGUUAGCAGAGUGCUGAUCUUCCUUUUCUUAAUCUCAACGUUGAUUCCCUUAGUUUUAAGCUAAUUCGAAAGUUCCUAUGGAUAUGCAUUUGGAAAAGUAAUAGAAUAUGUUCAUUAUUUCAAAGAUUCUUCCUUUCUCCAUAUUAUUGGGAUUGUAUGUCACUUAUAUCUACUCCAAGAUCUUAAACUACUUCAAGCUUACAGUUGAAGGAGAUUUUAUCUAAAUGUCAUCGCAAUUGGUUUCAGCUCCUGAAGGAUACAAAGCUAGUGAAUUAGGAUAAAUCAAUUUUUGA